AUGGAGAAACAUCUGAUCUUUAAACUCCCAGAAUUCUCUAAAGAGAAAUUCCCUCAAUUACCUGAAAAGUUUAAUCUUGAAGAAGAUUUUCUUGAUAAGAUCAACAAACAAUUAAAAAUAUCUGAAGCAAAGACUUCAAAGAAAACUAGUACUAAAGAAGUUAGAACUUUAAGUACUAAUGAAAAAGAAAUUCAUAAAUUAACGAAUAACCCAAGAUAUUCUACAAAAAAGAAUUAUUAUAAAAGACCCUCUUUUCCAGAUGUUCAAUUUGAAGAAGAUCAAGAUCGUCUUCAAACAUCACAUAGUGGAAACGGCAUAACAGAAUGGAACAUAGAUGGAUUAGCAGAAAGCCAAAUCUAUAAAGUUCUUCAUGAAAUGGGCAUGGCUAUCACUGCUUAUAAAAUUAAGCAUGAUGGAGAUAAAUAUGAUGCUUCUUUAAUUAUUUCUGGUUUCACAGGAAUGUUAAAAAAUUGGUGGGAUAAUUAUCUUUCUGAUGAUAAUAAAACCCAGAUUUUAGGAGCCAUAACCAUAGGAACUGUUUUAAAAAUGGACGGUAAUACUCAAGUAGCAGUUGAGGAAGAUGCUUCAGUAACGCUAAUUUACAGUAUUGCUAAAUACUUUAUUAGAGAACCAAAACUUUUCCAAGACAGAAGUUUAGAAUUAUUAAACAAUCUAAAAUGCCCCAAAUUAGAUGAUUUUAGGUGGUAUAAAGAUAUGUUUUUAGAAAAAGUUAUGAUAAAAGAAGACUGUGGUAAUGAUUUCUGGAAAGAAAGAUUUAUUAGUGGUCUACCUUCAUUGUUCGCCAAAAAGGUUAGAACUAAAAUCAAGGAUAGGUUCAAUGGAAGAAUCCCAUAUGAAAACUUAACCUAUGGUGAUAUAAUUAGUUAUAUUAAUGUUACAGGAUUAGAUCUAUGUACAGAUUUAAAACUAAAACAUUUCUUGAAAAAAGAUCAACAACAAUCUCGAAAGGAUUUAGGAAGCUUUUGUCAAGACUUCGGUUUUGAAAAAAUUGCUGCUCCAUCCAAAAAAUCUAGCAAAGUUGUGAAAAGAUCUACUACUUCAAAACCUCUUUAUAGAAAGAAGAAGAAUGUAGAUAAUUCUUAUAAAAAGAAAAGAUUCAAAAGAAUACCAAAGAAGAACUCUGGUGAUACAUGUUGGACAUGUGGCAAAACAAGCCAUAGAUCCAAUGAGUGUCGAGUCAAUAUUAAGAAAAAGAAGAAGAUAAAUCUUUUUGAAGUCGAUGAUAAAAUAAAAAAUGAACUCUACACUAUAUUAGAAGAAAAUGACAAGUGUUUAAAUCUAGAAAAUAGAUGA